AGAAAUGGAUCCCUUGCUUUGGCUGCCCGAAACUAACAGCUUUCGACGUUUCACUCCUGAGUCCCUGGCAGCAAUUGAGAAAAAAAUUGCUGAGAGAAAAAACAGGCAAAACAAAGAUAAGGAAGAGAGUCAACAAGUUAAAGAAGAUAAACUUAAUCCCCAGCUGGAUCUGAAAACAUGCAAAAAACUGCCCUCUCUCUAUGGGGAUCUUCCUGAGGAGCUCAUUGGGGAACCCCUUGAAGAUUUUGAUCCAUACUACAGUGAUCACAAGACUUUCAUGGUGCUAAAUAAAAGGAGGACUAUCUUCCGGUUUACUGCUACGCCUGCUUUGUUUAUACUUGGUCCUUUUAAUCCAGUGAGAAAAGCAGCAAUUAAAAUUCUAAUCCAUUCGUUCUUUAUUGGGUUUAUUACUUGUACUGUGGUACUCAAUUGUGCUUCUAUGACUGCAUCUAGCCUUCCAAUAGGGCUCAACUGGACUGAACAUCUUUUUACUGGCAUUUAUACUGGUGAAAUACUGAUAAAAGUAGUAGCAAGAGGAUUUGUUUGGGAUGAAUUUACAUUUCUUCGAGAUCCGUGGAACUGCUUGGAUUUCUUGGUCAUUAUUGUGACGUAUAUUAGUAUCUGUACACCACUGGGCAAUGUUUCAGCUCUUCGGACUUUCAGAGUACUGAGGACUUUGAAAGCUAUUUCAGUAAUACCAGGUCUGAAGGUCAUCGUAAAUUCACUUGUUGAAUCUGUUAAGAAACUUACUGAUGUUUUGAUCUUGACUAUUUUUUGCUUGAGUAUAUUUGCUCUAAUAGGCCUUCAGCUUUUUAUGGGCAAUUUAAGAUACAAAUGUGUCCUCAAUAAUGCUACAUAUAAUGACACACUCUGUAAGGAUGCUAAGAUAUAUGUCCCAAGUAAUGAAGGUAAAUUUUAUUUUCAUAUCUGCUACAGAAUGAAUAAGUCUUCUGAAAUAUUGCUCUGUGGAUUCAGUUCGAAUCGUCACAAAGAGUGCCCAGAAAACUAUAGCUGCUUGAAGAUUGGGAACAAUCCUGACUUUGGGUACACAAGUUUUGAUCAUUUCGGCUGGGCCUUCCUUUCCUUAUUCCGUCUGAUGACACAAGAUUACUGGGAGCGUCUCUACAGACAAACUAUCCGUACAUCUGGAAAGAACUACAUUUUAUUUUUUCUAGGGGUCAUCUUUUUAUGCUCAUUUUAUCUCUUCAAUCUGAUCUUGGCUGUAGUAACUAUGGCAUAUGAAGAGCAAAGUAGAGCCACUCUUGCUGAAACAGAGGCAAAGGAAAAAUUACUUCAGGAUGCCCAAGAAAUUCUAGAGAAGGAAAAGAUGAUGGCUGGUGGAGCAAGCGAUAAGACCUUACAGGUCGGAUCUGAGAUGUCGGUUGAUGACUUGAAAAUUUUAAAAGAAAACGAGAAUAAGAAAGAAGAGCCUAUUUUAAGACAAAGCCUAAUUUUAAGUGACAAGGGGAAGGAGGAACGUAUAUUUCACUCACAGCCUGAUCGUAGCCAAAAAAAACUUAGGCAACUAUUACUGUCCUAUGAAUUGUCAGUGGACUCUAUUAAUGAUCCCUUUCGAAGACAGAGGUUAAUGAGUGCAGCCACUGUUAUUACAAAUAGUUUGGAACUGCAGGAGUCAAAACUGAAAUGCCCUUCAUUUUUGAAACGUUUCGCUCAAAGGUAUCUAAUUUGGAACUGUUGCCCAUUCUGGCUAGUAGUCAAAGAGAAGUUGAAAUUGGUAAUGUUGGAUCCAUUUGUUGAUCUCUUUAUCAUGGUUUGCAUUAUGAUGAAUACUUUAUCAUUGGCUCUGGACUACCCUGGGAUGCCAGCAGUUUAUUCACAUAUGAUUCGUACAAGUGACAAGGUCUUCACUAUGAUUUUUACAGCAGAAGUGGUCUUGAAAAUCAUCGCUCUAGAUCCCUACCACUAUUUCCAGCAAAAACAGAAUAUUUUUGAUAGUGUAAUUGUUAUGAUUAGCCUAAUAAGCUUUCAAGAAAACUUGUCAUUUUUCAGACUGGUCAGAAUCUUCAAAUUGGCAAAGUCCUGGCAAGCCUUAAAUACUCUGAUGAAAAUAAUUUUAAAUUCAGUUGGUGCUCUGGGUAACCUCACUCUAGUUUUGGUUAUCAUUGUAUUUAUUUUUGCUGUAGUAGGAAAGCAGGUUUUAGGCAAAUGCUACGAGGAAAACUACCACAGAAUAAAUGUUGACAAGAAUUUACGUUGGCAUAUGAAGGAUUUUUUUCAUUCAUUCCUGAUUAUAUUCCGAAUUUUAUGUGGAGAGUGGAUUGAAAUGAUGUGGGAAUGUAUGCGAGUGGCUGGAGAAGGGCUGUGUCUUCCCAUUUUCUUGCUAGUCCUGGUGAUAGGAAACCUAGUGGUGCUCAACCUAUUCAUCGCGUUGCUGCUGAGUUCUUUGAGUACUGACUCUUCAAUGGAACAAGUGGAAACUGGAAAAAAGACUAAAUGUCAGAUCGCCAUUGCUAAGAUUCUCAAGGGCCUGCAGUCUCUGAAACACAGAAUUUUGGAUCAUUGUGGCAAAAUGAUGAAACGAAGCCUCAAGGCAAAAACUAGAAAGACUGUGGUGAAAAUUUCUGCCAAAGACAUAGAGGAAAAUAAUUAUACCAUGGCAGAUAUCAGAAAGGAUGUAGGAAACUAUUGCUUUGACAUUGGGUUUUACAGUAAUGAAGAGAGUUCCUCAGUGACAAGGAAAUAUGAAGAAUUUUUAACGAACCAUAGUACCUCUGUUCCCAUUGCAGUAGCAGAGACUUACAGUGAUGAAGGUGAUGAUGAACAGAGUGUAUAUACAGCAGUGGAAUACAAAAAAUGGAAACUUGAUGUUGGCAGUUAUUCUGAAGCCAGCACUGUGGAUCCAGUUAUUCCUGUGGAGAUGCUUUCCCAAGAUAAAAAGCCACAGAUACCUAAAGACUGUCUUGGAGAAGGUUGUAUCCAAUGUUUUCCAUGUUGUGUAGUGGAUAUCACUAAGUUUCCAGGAAGCACUUGGUGGAAAUUUAGAAAAACCUGCUACAAAAUUGUUAAACAUAGCUGGUUUGAAAAUUUUAUCAUUUUCAUGAUAAUAUUGAGCAGUGCAGCACUGGCAUUUGAAGACAUUUACCUUGAGAAAAGAAAAAAUGUUAAAAUGGUCCUAGAAUAUGCUGAUAAAAUAUUUGCUUACAUCUUUUUUAUGGAGAUGCUUCUGAAAUGGGUGGCUUAUGGCUUCCAAGCUUAUUUCACAAAUGCCUGGUGUUGGCUUGACUUCAUCAUUGUAUGUGUAAGUAUUAUAUUGAACCUGUCUUAUGUCCUGAAUUUUGCCCAUGGCAGUGCCUUGAAAUCUCUGCGAACACUCAGAGCCUUGAGGCCUCUACGAGCUUUAUCUAGAUUUGAAGGGAUUAAGGUUGUUGUGAAUGCACUCUUGGGAGCUAUCCCCUCAAUCGUGAACGUUUUGCUCGUCUGUAUUGUCUUCUGGCUCCUAUUUAACAUCAUAGGAGUACAACUGCUUGGAAAGAAAUUUUGGAAAUGCACACUCAAGGCUGGAAAUAUCAGUCUAAUUAAUAACAGAAAUGAUUGUGACGCCUACAAUGGAGCCUGGGAGAAUGGUCUUGUAAACUUUGAUCAUGUUGGAAUGGGAUACUUGGCUCUUCUUGAAGUGGCAACCUUUAAAGGUUGGAUGGACAUUAUGUAUGCAGCAGUGGAUUCACGUCAGAUAGAUGAACAGCCCAAAUUUGAAUGCUUCUUAAGCAUGUAUAUUUAUUUUGUGAUUUUCAUUGUCUUUGGAUCUUUCUUCAUGCUGAACCUUUUCAUUGGAGUGGUUGUCAGCAAUUUUAACCAACAAAGGAAAAAGAUAAGUGGAAAAGAUCUAUUUUUGACUGAGGAACAGAGAAAGUACUAUAAUGCACUAAGAAAGCUUGGAUCCAAGAAACCUCAAAAACCCAUCCCAAGACCACUGAAUGUGUUCCAAGGAUUUCUUUUUGAUAUUGUAUCACACAAAGCAUUUGACAUUACUGUUGUGGUUCUCAUCUGUCUAAAUAUGGUUGUUAUGAUGGUAGAAAAUGAGAAUAAAGACAUCAAGAAAGUUCUUAAUAAUAUCAACUGCUUUUUUGUGGCCGUAUUUGCUGGGGAAUGUAUCAUAAAAAUACUGGCCCUAAGACAUUACUACUUUGCCAGUGGCUGGAACUUAUUUGACCUAGGUGUCGUGAUCCUUUCACUAAUUAGUGUUGGACUCUCUGAAGCCUUAGAAUCUUCCUUCUCUCCCACACUCAUGAGAAUUUUUCGUUUGGUGCGAAUUAGCCGAAUCCUGAGAUUAAUUCGAAAAGCUAGAGGAAUUAGAACUCUUCUUUUUGCAUUACUGAUGUCUCUUCCUGCUCUGUUCAACAUUGGUCUUCUGCUUUUUCUAGUUAUGUUUAUUUAUGCUAUUGUGGGCAUGACAAACUUUGCCUGCGUUGGCUGGAAAGGUGGGAUUGAUAACCUUUUCAACUUUCAAACCUUUGAUAGUAGCAUGCUCUGUCUCUUCCAAAUUACAACAUCAGCUGGCUGGGAUGGUCUUUUGAGCCCGCUAUUAAACAAUCCUGAUUCGUGUGCUCCCAACUUAAAUUUAACAAACAGAAAAAAUAUUAGUUGUGUAAAUCAGACGGUAGGCAUUAUAUUUUUUGUAAGCUAUAUCAUUAUAUCAUUUCUCAUUGUUGUAAAUAUGUACAUAGCUGUCAUUUUAGAAAAUUUCAGUGUUGCCACUGAAGAAAGCACAGAUCCUCUCUGUGAGGAUGACUUUGAUAUGUUUUAUGAAAUCUGGGGAAAAUUUGAUCCUCAGGCAACACAGUUUAUUGAAUAUUCUGCUCUCUCAGACUUUGCAGAUGCUCUGGCAGAACCCUUACGCAUUCCAAAGCCUAAUACGAUUCAGCUCAUAUCAAUGGACCUUCCUAUAGUUAGUGGAGAUAAGAUCCACUGCUUGGAUAUCUUGCUUGCUUUCACUAAAAGGGUGUUAGGAGAAUCUGGGAAUUUGGAUGGUCUUGAAUUACACAUGGAGGAAAAAUUUAUGGCUGCUAAUCCGUCUAAAGUUUCCUACAAGCCAAUCACUACUACCCUUAAAAGAAAACAAGAAGAGGUAUCGGCUCUUGUUAUUCAAAGGGCCUUCAGAAGAUAUUUGAUGCAGCGUUCUUUGAAACCUGCGUCUUUCUUACACUGCCUUAAACGUUGUAACAGUGCUGUCUUUGGAGAAACAAUAUAUGAGAAGGAAGGUCUAACUGCGUUAAUGCUUAAUGAAAAUUAUGGUAGAAAUCUAGAUAAAUCGCUGACUACAUCUUCCAUAUCUCUCCCUUUAUUUUAUGAAGGUAUUGCUGAAACAGAUAGUGAUAAUGCGGAGAUAUAG